GCCUGUAGGGGUCGCCACGUCAGACAGACUCACACUAUUUCUUAACUGCUCUCGACUUUUCUCUUAGAAUUAUUGGGCAAAGUUUUGCGCAAAAACAAGAAAUAUAAAUAUUACGUAUAAAUAAUACGAAAUAUAUUUUAGAAAAAAAACCUAUUAAGUGCCAAGUUAAAAGAAAAAAAAGAAAAAGGAAAAGGUGGAGACGACAAUCUGCGCGUUUUGUUUUUGCCUGAGUCACCAGAAAGUGUGGGGCUGAUGAUGACAGCAGAGCAGGUGGAUGGAGCGUCAAUGCGCGUCCUCUCCUCUCCGCGGCGCACUCUCCCAGCCUUUCCUCAAAGGAGGAAGUGCAGCCUGCGGUAGCACCGAAUUGAAAGUACGCCAUAAAUAUGGCGCCAAAAGAGUUUUCAAGCUGAUGAUAGAAGCUGAUUCCUCUUCCUCCUCUCUCCCUCCGUGUGUUGUCUGUUUUUUUCUGCAGGUGGGAGGAGAGGUUGCAAGACAGGACCCGCCUGUGCGGAGCAGCAGAGCGCACUGAGAGUCAGAGUCAGAGGCUGAAGUGAAGACGAGCACACACAAAUGUUUGGUUCUGGACGGAGGCACGUUACGAAACUGGAGUGCGAUCUUUUCUGACUCAUCGUUUGGAACGAAAGCAUCUCUUUAUUUUUUUUUCCUCCACUUUCUUAUUCUUCUCCUCCUCCUCUCGUGUACCACUGGCACCGGAGAGGAAACCACCACCGCCACCGCGAUCGGGGGGCUGCUUUUGCAAAAUGCGACAUGCUGCGCGCACACACGGUCACCAUCAGUACCCUCAUCAGUACCCUCAUCAGUACCAGCUGCUGUAGAACCAUCCCCGCUGUGUUUGUUGUUGACUUUUGAAGGCUGUUUAAGUUGGUGUGGCUGCAGACACUUUUCUUUUUUUUUUCUCGGAGGUGGGUUGUGGGAAAAGGAGGGGAUUAUUUCGGAUCUUGGACUUGGAGCUGACGUGCUGUCACCGCGCACCGUGAGAGAGGAAGCGACCGUGCCCCUGUCUGUCACCCAGCCUGGAUUAUACACCGGAGUCGGGGCUGUUUUAGCAGCACGGCUAGCAGCAGGGCAACAGCGAGUUGGCAAAGUGAAGUAAAGUGAGCGAGUGCUAUAAACCCUCCUCUUCCACCAUGAAACUACAUGUGCCUGUCUCCGGCUUCCAAUGAUCUCCUCAUAAUCUGCACCGAGGAGGACGUCCCUGCAUCUGCGAAGCUGACCGCCAUCAAGAUGGAGAGCGAAAAGAAGAGGAGAAAAUACUCGACAAGCAGCAAUGACUCCGACACCACAGACAGUCAGGUGACCUCAUGGUCCAGGUCGUCCAAAAAUACGGGCACCAGCAGCACAUGGGUCCGCCACCAGCACAAGAAACCGUCGGAGGUGUUCCGUACCGACUUUAUCACGGCCAUGAAGUUGCCAGACUCGGCCCAGCUCGGCCCGGACGACUUCUACGUCCUCUCAGACCCCUGGAGGCAAGAAUGGGAGAAAGGAGUCCAGGUUCCUGCCAACCUGGAGGCCAUUCCUGAGCCUGUGGUCAGACUCCCGCUAGAGUCGACAUGCGGCUCAUCUGACAACAGACUGGAGAAGAACGGUGGUCUUCAGCCUCCUCACACUCAGCUGCAUGGUUGCUAUGACCUGGAUGAUCUGGAUGUUGCUUGGCUGGAGGUCGUCAACCAGGAGUUCCGACAAAUGGCCCUGCCAGAGCUGGACGAGCUGACCAUGGAGUGUGUUCUGGUGGAGCUCGAGAGCGUGUGUGAGGAGAAGAUGCAGCAGGCCAUCGAGGCGGAGGAAGGCCUCGGCAUCGAGUACGACGAGGACGUGGUGUGCGACGUCUGCCGGUCGCCCGAGGGGGAGGACGGCAACGAGAUGGUCUUCUGUGACAAAUGCAACGUCUGUGUCCAUCAGGCGUGUUACGGCAUCCUGAAGGUACCGCAGGGGAACUGGCUGUGUCGGACCUGUGCUCUGGGGGUGCAGCCCAAGUGUCUGCUCUGCCCCAAGAGAGGUGGUGCCCUCAAGCCCACCCGCAGUGGAACCAAGUGGGUCCACGUCAGCUGUGCCUUAUGGAUCCCAGAGGUGAGUAUUGGCUGCCCAGAGAAGAUGGAGCCCAUUACCAAGGUGUCCCACAUCCCUGCCAGUCGCUGGGCCCUGUCCUGCAGCCUGUGUCGAGAGCACACAGGAACCUGCAUACAGUGCUCCAUGCCGUCCUGUAUCGUGGCCUUCCAUGUGACCUGCGCCUUCGACCACGGACUGGAGAUGAGAACCAUCCUGGCGGAAAACGAUGAAGUUCGCUUCAAGUCCUUCUGUUUGGAGCACAGCUGCACUGCCAGCUGCAGCGGCGUCAGCGCAGCAACAAACAACAUGUCCAGCUUAAAUAACGGCAACCACGUCAAUAACCCCGCCACUAACGGAACGGGCAGAGCCAACUCUAGCGUCGGCUCCGAGCUCAGGCUCGACCAGCAGCACCAGUCCAACGGCGGCGGCGACCUGGAGCCGAACGGUACUGCAGUGUCGGCGUCGGAGCGGGCCGAGCGGGACCAGCUGGAGAGAGAGAAAGUGAGUCAGAGGAAACAGAAGCUGCAGGAGCUGGAGGACGAGUUCUACCGACUGGUGGAUCCCAGGGAAGUGGCGGAGAACCUGGGUCUGCCCAACUCCCAUGUGGACUUUCUUUAUCAGUUCUGGAAGCUGAAGCGGAAAACCAACGGCAACCAACCGCUGGUGACGUUAAAGCGAGACGAGGUGGACAACCUGGCCCAGCAGGAGCAGGACGUGCUCUACAGGCGUCUGAAACUCUUCACGCAUCUGCGACAAGACCUGGAGAGGGUGCGUAACCUGUGUUACAUGGUGACACGGAGGGAGAAAAUGAAACACACUCUGUGUGACCUCCAGGAGAAGAUCUUCCACCUGCAGAUACAGCUGCUGGAGGAGGACAUGUCUGGAGAGAAAACCCAGCAGGGAAAAAAGAGGAAGCAGAAUGGAGUGAAGGAGAAAGGAAAGGAGAGAAGGAAGAGUAGUCCUGAGACGAAAAAGGAGAAAUGGAAGUCAGAGAAUGGCUCCCUGCUUAAAGAGCUAGGUUUGUCAAAGUCAUUUCCACUGGACAGCUCCCUGUUCGACAGCUGGCUGGCCCAGUCGGUUCAGAUCACGGCCGACGACAUGCUGAGCCAGUGGACACUGGGUGCACAACAUGGGGACAAGAGUGGCAGCCUGCUCUNNNCACAGCUCCUGCAGGGGGAGGAGAGCCUUUUGAACCUCAUGAUGGAGAACUCCAUGCAGUCCACCUGGAAGACGCCACAGCUCGGUCGCAAACGUGGAGGCAACAAGCCCCGUGGCCGUGGUCAGACCUCCGCCCCGGCCCAGAAGCUUCAUUCGGCGUCGGUCAUAUCCACCUCAAGCAGCCCCUCCACUGCAGAAAACCUCUGGGCGGGAGCAGCCGAGGAAAAGUCUGGCCAGGUGGGACGGAGAGGGGAAAAGUCCCGAGGAUCAUCGAAGGCCCUGCAGCACCAUCACCACCACAAGAACAGGACGUCUGACCUCCAGGGCGACCCUUCACCGCAGCCACCCAUCUCCAAAAUGGAUUCAUGUCACAUCUCAGAGGACCGUGGUCCGUGGGACAGCGUCAGAGGUGGAAACGGUGUCACAUCGGGGGCUGGAUCUGUUUUCACCACAAGGUCAUCCCCGCCGCCAGCCUCGAGCCACAUUGUCGCGGGAGGCGACGCGCUCUGCGUCAGAGCUUCACGCAUGCGUCUGCCACGCCAUGGAAAAUCAAAAGGGAGGAGCGUCAACGGAGGCGGAGCUAUCGGGAGUCUGGAGUCAACGGAACUGCAGCUCACGGGGAAGGACAUGUCCCUGACGGAUGCUCCAGAGACCGAUGGGUACUUCUCUGACGGCGAGCAGAGCGAUUCAGACACGCACUCUGGCCGACGUAAGCUCCGCUUGUCGCAGUUGCAUUCUGGGAACGAGGACCUGUUGAGGAGAAGCGUGCUGGCGUCCUAAGGUUUCCGAGACUCCAUUCCACACACAGACAUCCACACUGAGUCUCAGCGGGUCGUUGAUCUGUGGCCCAGAAAAUCUGAAACAAACCACGUCUGGAUGGGUUUGUUCAACCAAAUUCCUGUCACGUUCACCAACAGAGAAUAUCCGCGGGAUUUGAAUGUAGCCAUUUUCCUGGUUGAUCAGCAGAGCUUCUCCCCCUGGACUGUACUGCGAUACCUUCAAGUAAAUAGGAAAGAAACAUUACUGUUUUUUGUUUUUGUCUUUCAGAUUCAGAUUCUAAUUCUGGGUGUUGAAGUACCCUGUUCUGGCCUCAUGUCUGUGGUAUCUGUCAGAACAAACACUUUGGGGCAUUAUUAUUAUUGUACCUAUUGUUCUAGCUGGUUUCAGGGUCUGCUUCCUGUUUGGUCCCUCACGGCCUGAGAUCCAUCCCACAACUUCUUGUUUCCUUCAAUAUGAUUGAUGGUAUGAAAGACAAUUUCACACUAGAGUUGUUCGCAAACUGUGUGUGGAGGUGAAGUAAGACAGCCUUGAAAAGCACAAGUAGUCAUUAGAGCUGUAAUGUAAGCACUUGUGUGGGAAAUAGAAGCUUAUUCAGAGUUGAGGUCGAUUCCCUUGCCUCUGUUUCAAAAACCCCAUUCACAAUUUUGUCCCUGCGGAAAAAGCAGAAGUAGAUUUUUUUUUUUUUUGAUUACUUUGUGAAAGUGGAAAUUGACCUCAACCCUGGCUCGUUCCUUUUGUCACACAGAGACAAA